AUGUCGCAGAUGUCGAAGAUGUCGUGUGCUGUGGCCGUGGCCGCCUUUGGCCUUGUCCUCCUCAACGGCGUCAAUUUCGUGGCUCCCAACGUGCCGAAGUCGCUAAUGCCCCAGACGUUUUCCCAGUCCGAGACUGCUCCAAUGCCAUCUGCAGAGACGAGCGUCCCAGCUUAUGGCACGGCCGGCAUGGCGCUGAUGGCUACAGCAGCUGUUGGCCUUUUGGCAGCCGGCGCCCAACGCAUGAAGGUGGCAAGGAAGGCUACUCAUGGAAUCAAGUUCAGCUACUCCAUUCAGAAGGACGCCUAUGCCGACCUGGAGUUCAUGAACGAUGUGGGCUAUUUGCCAGAUGGCACGCCAAUGAACAGGGCUGGCAAUGCCAUCAACCACCCGGAGACCAUUGGACCAGAUCCUCACACUCCCGGAUCUCCUUUGCCCCGGGCAAUCUUCGUCAACUCUGUUGGCUACCUCCCAGAUGGCACUCCACUGAACGCAGCAGGAAAUGCCUUGAACCAUCCUGAGACCAUGCAGCCUGACUCACAUGCUCCUGGCUCCCCCUUGCCAAGAUCGUAUUAUGCUGCGGAAGUGGGCUACCUGGUGGAUGGCACCGAUUUGGUCACUGCAGGAAACCUCUCCGUUCAGGGUGUCCCAGCCGCUGCACCUGCCGCUGCACCGGCGGCAGUGCAACAGCCAGUGGCAGCUGCUUUUGUGGGAGCCUCUGCUGGGAUGGGAAGUGCCGGAGCAGACAAGCGAGUGCCCGCAGGUUUUGCCUAUGCCGUGCAGAAGGAUGCCUAUGCUGACUUGACCUAUGGAAAUGAUGUGGGAUAUUUGCCAGACGGCACUCCCAUGAACACCGCUGGCAACUGCAUCAACCACCCAGAGACCAUUGGACCGGACCCUCAUUCUCCAGGCUCUCCGUUGCCUCGUGCCAUCUUCGUGAACGACGUCGGCUACUUGCCGGAUGGCACACCAAUGAACAGGGCCGGCAAUGCCAUCAACCACCCUGAGACAAUUGGACCGGACCCUCAUACUCCUGGCUCUGAAUUGCCACCAUCGGUCUAUGCUGCUGACAUUGGAUACUUGGUGGACGGCACGUCGAAGAUGUCGUGUGCUGUGGCCGUGGCCGCCUUUGGCCUUGUCCUCCUCAACGGCGUCAAUUUCGUGGCUCCCAACGUGCCGAAGACGUUUUCCCAGUCCGAGACUGCUCCAAUGCCAUCUGCAGAGACGAGCGUCCCAGCUUAUGGCACGGCCGGCAUGGCGCUGAUGGCUACAGCAGCUGUUGGCCUUUUGGCAGCCGGCGCCCAACGCAUGAAGGUGGCAAGGAAGGCUACUCAUGGAAUCAAGUUCAGCUACUCCAUUCAGAAGGACGCCUAUGCCGACCUGGAGUUCAUGAACGAUGUGGGCUAUUUGCCAGAUGGCACACCAAUGAACAGGGCUGGCAACGCCAUCAACCACCCGGAGACCAUUGGACCAGAUCCUCACACUCCCGGAUCUCCUUUGCCCCGGGCUGAAUUCGUCAACUCCAUUGGCUACCUCCCAGAUGGCACACCGAUGAACGCAGCAGGAAACGCCUUGAACCAUCCUGAGACCAUGCAGCCUGAUAUGCACAACCCUGGCUCCCCCUUGCCAGCCUCGUUCUAUGCCGCAGAGGUUGGAUACCUGGUGGAUGGUACUCCCAUGGCAACAGCCGGCAACCUCUCCGUGCAGGCUCCCCCUGUGGCCUCCACCCCUGCCUCUAUGCCUGCAGCCCCUCCAACUCCACCACCCUCUGCACCAACAUCCGUGGCAGCCGGCUUCACAAGCACAGCCACAGAGGCUGUGCAUGGCAUCAAGUUCAGCUACUCCAUGCAGAAGGAUGCCUAUGCGGAUUACGAGUUCAUCAACGAUGUGGGCUACCUGCCAGAUGGCACGCCAAUGAACAGGGCUGGCAAUGCCAUCAACCACCCGGAGACCAUUGGACCAGAUCCUCACACUCCCGGAUCUCCUUUGCCCCGGGCAAUCUUCGUCAACUCUGUUGGCUACCUCCCAGAUGGCACUCCACUGAACGCAGCAGGAAAUGCCUUGAACCAUCCUGAGACCAUGCAGCCUGACUCACAUGCUCCUGGCUCCCCCUUGCCAAGAUCGUAUUAUGCUGCGGAAGUGGGCUACCUGGUGGAUGGCACCGAUUUGGUCACUGCAGGAAACCUCUCCGUUCAGGGUGUCCCAGCCGCUGCACCUGCCGCUGCACCGGCGGCAGUGCAACAGCCAGUGGCAGCUGCUUUUGUGGGAGCCUCUGCUGGGAUGGGACGUGCCGGAGCAGACAAGCGAGUGCCUGCAGGUUUUGCCUAUGCCGUGCAGAAGGAUGCCUAUGCUGACUUGACCUAUGGAAAUGAUGUGGGAUAUUUGCCAGACGGCACUCCCAUGAACACCGCUGGCAACUGCAUCAACCACCCAGAGACCAUUGGACCGGACCCUCAUUCUCCAGGCUCUCCGUUGCCUCGUGCCAUCUUCGUGAACGACGUCGGCUACUUGCCGGAUGGCACACCAAUGAACAGGGCCGGCAAUGCCAUCAACCACCCUGAGACAAUUGGACCGGACCCUCAUACUCCUGGCUCUGAAUUGCCACCAUCGGUCUAUGCUGCUGACAUUGGAUACUUGGUGGACGGCACGCCCCUUGAUGCUGCUGGCAACAACGCAGUGCACUGA